CAAGGUGCUCAAUGCUUGGUAGGCUGAAAAUCUAUCUUGACCAAAUGAUGGAUUCUCAUCGCCCACUUCUAGGCACGUGUCUGUGGCCACACCUCUUCUGUUCCUAAAUCUAUAAAGCCCGAGGAAACCUCAUUUCCCCGGCAGCGAAGCGCAAACCGGUGGACGCGGCGCGUGUGAGCGGAUACAGCGCAUGGACGGCUCCUGCUUGGUCAUAAUCUGAACGCCACGGUUUUGAUUUCUUCACGAAUUUUAACGCCUUAACGCAGGUAAUACGAUGCCUUUCCCCCCCAUAAACCUUCAUUCGCGGAUUUCAUCACCGGGAAAAGACCUGUUCAGGAAGAAGAAACCCGUGACGAGCCUUGUCCCUCCGCAGUCUUUGCUCAAUCCUAAACCUCGCGAGGAGAAGGAACCGGAGAAGGACAAACUGUCCACGUCGUGGCCUAGCGCCAAUCUGAGACAGCUGGGACGCAAACCGCAACAGCAGCACCACCACCAUCAUCAUCAACAACAACAUCAGCAGGAGCAACAGCAUUCCAGUAAAUUUCCUACAGACUGUUCGAUCCCGAACCUGGACGUCAUGGACUUGAAAAACUCGUGGCUGAACGCGAGCAAGCCACUGGAUGGUUCGUGCGAGAGCGUGACGCGCUCCAGCUCCGGGGAAUCGGCGGCCAGACGCGCCGGAUACGCCAAGGAGGAGCUCGAGCAGGAGGUGCAGUUCUCGCUCAGCCUCACCCCCGAGGCCAUUCUGGUCAUUCAGAAGCGAAACCUCGAAAAACAAAUGCUGGCUAAGCAACAGAAGUGCUGCGGCUCGACUGACGCCAAACACCGACGCGCCGCCGUGGCGUCCAAAAGAACGCAGGGCGCACUGAAGAGCACGGGCCUUGUGGCCAAAGCGGACAGCUCGAACGACAUAAGCGCGAUUGUGAAGAUCUCCCUGCUCAACGACCAGCACAAGUACGACGACGUCGAGUACGAGGAGGAGGACGGUGACGUGGACGAGACGGUGAUGCGUAAAUGCAAAGAGUGGCUGAAAGGCGUCGAGAGCGCAGCCGCCUUCAGCAAAGUGGACAAACUCUCCGCGCUCCCGCACCUCAAGAGCUGCUGAUGGAAGCCACUGUGAAGGGGAAAAUAAAACCCCCACGCAGGAAUGAAUCCUCCAAAAUCCCCCCUUUUGCUGUAGCCUGUUGAUAUGGCGCUUUGCGUUUUUGUCUCUCCGGUGACUUUCUAGUUUUCUUUCACACGGACAGCGAUGCGCGCAUGCGGGGCUUCGGCCCCCCUUUUUCCCCACUCAGGUUGCGUCUAAAUGUAGCGCCAUUCAAUUUAACUCGGAUAAAACGAAUGUCCUCCAAUGAAGCCUGGGUCUCUGCGCUCACUAUGCAUAGUCAAAGCCACAGGUGUCCUUCACAUGGACAGGCCUGUGGUGCGGAUGUGUUGCGGGUUGGGACGCAACCCAAGACAGAGGCUUCUUUCUUCUGGCGCGACGGUUUCCUUUGUGCCAGAAAUCAAAGGCAAUGUGACUAACUUUACAAUGCAAAAUUCACGUGUGUGUGUGUGUGUGUGUGUGUGUGUGUGUGUGUGUGUGUGUGUGUGUGUGUAAAUGGGUUUGGCAAAAACCAGCUUUGUACAGUAUUUAUUUUAAAACCUUCUGCUGUUUGUGAUCUAGACUAGAUCUUUGUCGUUUUUAUGGUUUUCAUGAAAUAAAGUGUAUUAUAUCCA